CAGAGCCUCAGUCUUAAUCUGGCACUCACCCCAAACCCACCAUGUCCCUGGGGCCACUGAAAUUCCAAGCAGUGGGUGAAGAAGAUGAGGAAGAUGAGGAGGAAGAGAGCCUGGACUCUGUGAAGGCGCUGACGGCAAAGCUGCAGCUGCAAACACGGCGGCCUUCAUACCUGGAGUGGACAGCCCAGGUCCAGAGCCAGGCCUGGCGCAGGGCCGGAGCUGGACCUGGGCAGGGAGAACCUGGGGCCAUCUGCGGCUUCGACUCCAUGGACUCUGCCCUUGAGUGGCUCCGACAGGAGCUGCGGGAGAUGCAGGCUCAGGACCGGCUGCUGGCGGGGCAGCUGCUUCGCCUGCGGGCCCAGCUGCACCGGCUGAAGGUGGACCAGGUCUGUCAUCUGCACCAAGAGCUGCUGGAUGAGGCCGAACUGGAGCUGGAGCUGGAACUGGAGCCGGGGGCCGGCCUGGCCCUGGCCCCCCCGCUGAGGCACCUCGGCCUCACACGCAUGAACAUCAGCGCCCGACGUUUUACCCUCUGCUGAGGUGAACCUGUAUGCCUACUGAGCCACCCGCUACCCAUUUUCCCCAGCCCACCUGGAAUGGGGGAAGUGAU